CGCACGUUCAGUCAACCGUUCUGGCUAGCCGUUUUAUAGUAUUUCUUUAUUUAUUGACCAAACAAAUAAAGUUUCACAGUGAACUGUAUAAGAAGUUGUGUGUGGAUGUUUACUAAUUUAUGAAGUACAAUGUUUAUUCACUUUAGUGUGGGCUACGAUUUAUGAUAAUGACUUGGUAACGAGCGUUAAGUUUUACGUCAAAUUAACCUAUGACUCAAUACCGAGAAUAAACAAUGGAAACUCGGUGCUUCGGGUGGCUAUGUAUACUAGUGGUCGUGUUGUGCCUGCGCGUCGGCGUGGGCGACCGCGGCGACUACAUCGGCUGCUACCGGCUGAGGGUGGACGACAUCCUCAACACCCACACCGGGCAGUCCGUGGACGUGUGCCUGUCGGCCUGCGAGCAGGUCUACUACAAGUACGCGCUCAUCGGCAACGAGUCCACCUGCUACUGCAGCAACAACCCCGGCACCUUCAAACUCCCCUUAGAUUCCUGUGACUCGCCGUGCCCUAAAAACGAGACUCAGAAAUGCGGGGGUGUCAAUGCUGCGAGCGUGUACGAUACCGAGGUGGUCGCGCCCGGCCCGCCGGAGCCCGUCAACGUCACCAGGGUCACCGAGACCACUGUUAGAAUAACUUGGAAACAGCCUGACGCCCAUUCUGAUAUUACAGGGUAUGUUAUAAAAGCUGAUGUUGUGACAACUUAUGCUGAAAAUCCUUCCAGCUCUCCAGAAUGGAGGGUACCUAACAAUACAUUCAGUUUGGAACUACCUAACUUAUAUCCUGGCUCGAGCUACAUUAUCAGCGUGGCGGGAGUGAAUGAUGAUGAUGAGGGCCCUCCAGCUACAACCAGAGCAGAAACUAUAAUUGGAACACCAGAUCCAAGUCCCCCUGAUAUAAUAGUUAAAGAAAGACGAGGUGACCAGAUGUUGGUGCAUAUUCCUGAAGCUAAAAAUGUAAACGGGCCAGUCUCCAUGUACAGAGUGGUGGUGUCUAUUGAACUGUACCAGCAGGGGUUCCUUGUUGAUAACCUCGGCAACUACUCCUAUGCCCAGAGCAUGGACCUCCCUUACUACAUCACAGCAGAGUUGGACCCUGAUGAUAUUAAAGCUGAUUUUGUUAUAGGGGAUGGACAUACUUAUAAUGGCUUUCAGAAUGUCCCAUUGCUAUUGGUCAGUGAUAUUGAUGUAUCUCUCGGCAUAGUAAGUGAGAAAAAUCAUGUCAGAAAAAUUAGGUAUGCUGAGUCUACCAAGAAAAUAAUAUUGAACAUAAAUGAGCCAGAAGAUGUCAACCCAAUGGUGGUGGCCUUAGGGGCCGGUAUUGCUAUUGGGGUAGUCCUCUUGCUAAUCGGAGUAGGUAUGAUCAUAGUUUUAAGAAAAAGAAUUCAUUUGGUUAGAAUGCAGAGAGGCUCACAGUCAAUGCCGCUUAGUCUCAGUGAGCCUUGUAUUGAAAUAGAAAACUCUGGCUUUUUACAAGAUGACAUUGAGAAAAUAGACUACUAUGGAAACUUAAAAAGAAAAUUAUGGAACAUACCGAGGAAUCUCAUUGAUAUAGAUAUUUCUUGUAUUGUUGGUUUGGGGAGCUACGGGAAGUUCACAAAGGCUAAAGUCCAACAGCACGGAGGACAGACUUCAGGGCUGGUGCAGGUCAUCAGCGACAGGGAGAUGGAGAAGCCUGACAAGAAGCUUAUGCUACAGGAGCUGGACCUCCUCAUCAAGACUAGUGAACAUGAAAAUGUAAUCUCCCUUAUUGGCAUUAGUGAAACUAGCACCACAUUGUUUGUUGUACUCCAAGAUAGUAAAUACACUUUAAAGGAGAUGCUUUUACAAAGCAGACAGAGGGAUUUGCAGAACAAUAAAUUCUGCCUCAUCACUGAGAAUAAACUGCUUCAGCUUUGUGCCGAUAUUGCAGCAGGGAUGGAGUACCUCCACACCAAGUCAGUGACGCACAAACGUCUAAGCUGUCGUAAUAUUGUUAUCGGCGAAUCUGGAGCCGCGAAAGUGUCUGGCUUUGGUUUAUCACACAUCAGGCCACUACAUGAAACCCCAGACUACACUAGAUGGACAGCGUGCGAGAUGUUACGACAGACGAGAUUUAACCCUAAAGCAGAUGUGUGGUCGUUUGGGUGCCUUAUGUGGGAAGCGCUAACUUUAGGCGCGACGCUAUAUGCAAGCACGCCGAACAAAGAUGUCGCUCCUCGAGUGUUGCGCGGUAUGCGCGCGAGCCAGCCGUCAUACGUCGGCGACGAACUGUUCCACCUGUGCCUGCAGUGCUGGCAGGUGGACCCCGACGAGCGGCCCACCUUCUCGUCGUUGCUGGACGAGCUCCUGCCGCUCUCGGAGGCCGCCGGAACUCGUAGUCUCAGCUUCACACACUAUAACGGAUUCGAAUACGAACCACACGUGCCACAGUACGAAAUCGCUUAGAAUUUCUGCAAUAUUCACAACAACACUCACCAGCUAACCAGUUUAGGUCUGAUCUCUGAUUACGAAUAGUUGUUACGAAUCUCGAGGUCAAAGCUAGUAUAUUAGAAAUAGUAGAUAUGAUAUGUAAAUUCGUCGGCCUAAGUCGCAAACCUCGGAACUCCUCCGGGGGAGUUAUGGGGUUUGCGACUAUAAGUAUUGUUGUCCAAGGUAGCAAUUACUAAUUUCCUUGAAAUGGAGUUACGAGGUUUGCGACUUAGGCCGACGGUAUGCUAUGCAUUAGGUAGCUGUUGUGACUUAAGAAUCUCAUUAGAUUCUCAAAUUGUAGGACAAUAUUUAUGUAGGCAACUUUGUAUCCAAAGAUUUAAGACAGCUUUAGGCAGUUAGCUUCUUCACUAUUGUCUAUUAUUUGUGUAAUGAAAGUGACCUUAUCUUUCUUACUGAGUAAUUUGAGAGGAACAGUAUGGCAGCAGUAUUCUGACAUGACAUGAGAAUCUAUAUUUGUUACCUUUAAGCUUAGAUUAAGCAACUCAUUAACCACAAUGGAAAAACCUUGCAUUAUAGUUAAGUACCUUAUAGGCACAAAAAAAUAUUUAUGAUAAUGAUUAUCAUUACUAUUUCGCAGGAAGUCUUCUUUUUCAUGAGGAUAAAAUAUCACACGUAAAUUGUGUUGUAUGUGAUGGAACCACAAGAAUCUCGUAUAAAUAAAAUAAAAUACUUAAUUUUGCUCUCAAUUGGUUUAUUAAGAUUAACAUGUGAUGUGUACUAUGUACUCAUAUGAUGGCCUGUAAUUGUUAGUUAUGCAUAUGUAUUCAGUUUUAACAGAAUUCAAUAAUUUAGAUGUUUAGGAAAUAGGUUUAUAAAAGUAUUGGCGACAUUGACAAAAUUUAAGUAUAAAAUAAAUGUUUACUGAUAUUUUUUGUCUCAGUCAGAUAUUUUUUGUGUCGCAGUGACGAUGACGGCCAAAGUGACCAUGUAUAUAUUUGAUUCUAUAUAUUUAGCCACUUUCACCUUCACUAUCUGAUGUACAUCUGUAUUGUAUUGUAGCACGGCGCCAGGUUUCCGCAACUUGACGUCUGAAUUGCGCGAGCUGUAUAUCUGUACCUUUUCUAUUGAAUUUCUUAUUUGGACACAAUUUGGCGACUGAAUGUCGAUAAAUCGGUGUAAAAGCGAUAGGGGUCUAUUUAUAGCCAUUUUAGGCACUGGUUCGUCAAUAACCAUUGUAUUGGGUCGCGUGUCGCGUGCUACCCACGCAAUGAAUCAAACAAUAUUUAUGAAACGAUUUUUUUUAAUAAAAGUAAAAUAGAUUGUCUCACUGAAAAGGUACAUUUGUGCGGUUAUGCUUAUGUCGCAUAUCGUUAGCGUCUAUCACACUUACGUUAACACCCUUUUCUUAAGAACCACAAAUGUAUGUACUUAUAGGUAUACAUGCCUAUAAUGUGUAUGUAGAUAUAGUAGAAUGAAGUCAAUUGUUGUCAUUGUGUACAGCAUGUAGUUAUUUACUAAGUGUUAUCUAACAAUAAGGUACAGUCAACAGUAAAAAAAUGGGUGUAGACAACUUACUCAAAAAUAUGUAUAUGUAUGUAAUAUGUGUAUGUUCUUAAUUCACUGACAUAAGAGUUAUGGGACAUAUUUUUGAAAUGAUUUGUACACCCAUAUUUUUACCCAUAUGCUGGUAUUAUUAGCACUGUAAUAAUAACUGUACUUAGAUUAAGGUUGUGUAUUUAUUUACAUCAUUAUUUGUAUAUAAUGCUCGUAUAUUUAUAUCUUUUAUCAGAGAGAAUAGACAGAAUAGUAAAUAAAAAGACUGCCGAUCUCCAUACAAAGUAGAGUUCUUUAGUAUUGUUAUAGAUGGCAUCACAUUGGUGAGGUCCCCAUAUCCUAUUUGGCGCUUUUACCUUUCUUUAACAUAAUGCCAUCUAACUAGAUGGCGUUACGGUGUUAAAUCGCGGUUAAGGUGGCUUAUAAAUUAUGGGAUACCAUAAGUGGCGCCAUCUACAAUAAUGGCGAGGAAUUGGAUUUUAUAUGCUGGCCAAGCGCAGGAGCAGGAGCACCAGGACAACAUCUCGCCCGCGAAUUUGACUACCCAUUAGGUACUUAGUAAAAGAUGGGUAGUCUAUCUCGCGCGCGAUAUACUUGAUGCGCCGCAUUUGUGCUAGGCCUAAUGGACGAUUCAGUCAAUUAAAUUAUUUACUUAUUUUACAUUCCAUCCAUUGUUAAAUUUAGAUCUCAAUCGUUUUACUUUUCUCGAUGUCUGCUAAGCUCAAGAGCAAUACGGCACAUAUUUUGUACUUUUUUUUAUAUACACUUUAUUAAACGCGUAAUUUAUUAAUAA